GCGGCCAGUGGCCCCGCCUCCAGAGGUCAUAUUCAUUGCCCCAUCAUGUGCAUGUAAAUAGAACGAAUAAAAGAAGCUUCGGUGUGUCGGAGAGAGUUUAUAAUCAAUAUACAACAGAAAUCACCAUGAUCAACUAUCGGGCUCUGGAAAAUGUGCCUGUGCUGCUGUACAUACUGGCAGCAAAAACCCUGCUGCUGUGUUUGUUUUUCGCUGGAGCGAAGAUCUAUCAGAGCAAGAAAGCUGAAGCUGCUCUCAAACAACAGAUGGAGAUGAAGAAGAAAAUCGCACAGCAAACACAGGAACUCAUCGACAACAAGAAAGAUGACUGAGACACUGGAUAUGCCAAAAAAAAAAAAAAGACUAGAGUCGUGUCAAAGGGACGUGUGGUGCCGUUUGUUUGGCCUGUCGUGGACUCGGGUGUUGGAUUGUGUGCCUCUCUGCUGCUUAGCUAGUCAAAAGUCUUGUUUUUUAUACUCAUUUUAUUUAUUAACUCUGAAGUUUGUAAAUAAAAAUGUU